AUGUUUGAGGCGCGCCUGGUCCAGGGCUCUAUCCUGAAGAAAGUGCUAGAGGCGCUCAAGGACCUCAUCAACGAGGCCUGCUGGGACAUCAGCUCGAGCGGCGUGAACCUGCAGAGCAUGGACUCGUCCCACGUGUCCUUGGUGCAGCUCACUCUGCGCUCCGAGGGCUUCGACACCUACCGCUGCGACCGCAACCUGGCCAUGGGCGUGAACCUUACCAGCAUGUCCAAAAUCCUAAAGUGUGCUGGCAACGAAGACAUCAUUACCCUGAGGGCUGAAGAUAACGCAGACACUCUGGCACUGGUGUUUGAAGCGCCAAACCAAGAAAAAGUUUCUGACUAUGAAAUGAAGUUAAUGGAUUUAGAUGUUGAACAACUUGGAAUUCCAGAACAAGAGUAUAGCUGUGUAGUAAAAAUGCCUUCUGGAGAAUUUGCACGUAUAUGCCGAGAUCUCAGUCAUAUUGGAGAUGCUGUUGUCAUUUCCUGUGCAAAAGACGGCGUGAAAUUUUCUGCAAGUGGAGAACUUGGAAAUGGAAACAUUAAAUUGUCACAAACAAGUAAUGUUGAUAAAGAGGAGGAGGCUGUUACCAUAGAUAUGAAUGAGCCAGUUCAGCUCACUUUUGCGCUUAGAUACCUGAAUUUCUUUACAAAAGCUACUCCGCUGUCUGCCACAGUAACACUCAGUAUGUCUGCUGAUGUCCCCCUUGUUGUAGAAUAUAAAAUUGCUGAUAUGGGACACUUAAAGUAUUAUUUGGCUCCCAAGAUUGAAGAUGAAGAAGCAUCUUAG